AUGUCAUUGACUGAAAUGUCAACCUUUCUUGCAUGUGAUAAUGCAUUCCAUACUGGUCCAGCGUACUCCACAGCCAACACACUGAGCGCUAAAGCUGAGGUUCUGAGGACAUUAGGGUUAGCACCCCAGCAUCUGCUGGGUUUGAGAGGACCUAUAGGUCGAACAGGAGCGCCAGGAAAGCCGGGUAAUCCAGGAGAGCGAGGGAUCCAAGGAGCCGAUGGGAAGCCAGGGGAUCAGGGACCUCAGGGACUUCAAGGACUUCCUGGACCUCUGGGUCCUCCAGGAGACAAGGGAAUAACAGGAGAACCAGGAAAGGAUGGUGAGCCAGGACCACCAGGAAUGAAUGGACCCCGUGGAGAUCCAGGAAAAGAAGGACCUCCAGGUAUACAAGGACCUCCGGGACCUGCAGGAUUAGAUGGGGAGAGAGGAGCAGUAGGUCCACCAGGUCCAACCGGUUUCCAAGGCCUGCCUGGUAUAUCCGGCAAUCCAGGAUCGCCCGGCAAGGAUGGAGAGCCGGGAAUCCAAGGGGCCCCGGGACCACCAGGAGCUGCAGGCUCGAGGGGGGAGAGAGGGUUCCCAGGAGAGCGGGGUCCUGUGGGCCCCGUCGGACCGGCUGGGUCUCGUGGGGAAGCUGGUGCACAAGGUAGCGAUGGUCCCCCGGGUCCGCCAGGAGCUAGAGGUGAGAAAGGACAUUCAGGACCCCUUGGUUUGGUGGGUCUACCAGGAAUGAGGGGAAUGCCGGGGCCCUCUGGAGAGAAAGGGGAGAGGGGAGCUCUGGGGCCCGUAGGCCCUGAGGGGCCUGCAGGACGGCAAGGUGAAAGAGGGCCUCAAGGAUCAGUGGGGCCUCAAGGGCCUCCAGGUGAACCGGCAGAGAGAGGGGACACGGGCCCCCCAGGACCCCCUGGAGAGGUUGGUGCCCCGGGAAGUCCAGGAGAGAGGGGACCAAUGGGUCCACAAGGACUGCAAGGGUUCUCUGGACCACAAGGUCUUGUAGGACUUCCGGGAGUGAAAGGGGAGAGAGGACUCACCGGUUUGAAGGGAGAGCAAGGCAAUCCAGGACCUGUUGGAAACCCAGGAGAGUCAGGGCCACCUGGUCUGGUUGGUUUGACAGGAGCCAAAGGGGCAAGGGGAGAGCCGGGAUCCCGGGGAGAGCAGGGGAUGAUGGGUCCUCCUGGAAGACCCGGAGAGGCGGGUCAGGCUGGUCAGCCAGGGACUCCAGGUAGUCCAGGACCUUCAGGAGUUCCAGGGAUCAAAGGAGCACCAGGAGACGUUGGUAGACCAGGACAGCCGGGCCCCGCAGGACUACCAGGUCCUCAGGGGCAAGAGGGAGUGAAAGGAGAGCGAGGAAGUGAAGGGCCACAAGGAAACCCAGGGCCAGCUGGUCCUCAGGGCCCCCCAGGAGAUAGGGGCCUCCCUGGACUACCAGGCCCCACUGGCCCUGCUGGGGCCAGAGGACUAAGAGGCGCACCAGGAGAAUCAGGACUACCUGGAAAACCUGGUUUAGAAGGGUCCCCAGGACCCCAGGGUCUUCCAGGAAAUCCCGGACCACCAGGACCUCUUGGAGAGCAGGGACCAGAGGGGCCACCCGGAAAAAUAGGACCUCCUGGAAUAACUGGCAGACCUGGAGACAAAGGACCCAUAGGAACACCAGGAAAUCCUGGGUCCCCUGGACCUCCAGGACUAACAGGUCCUCCAGGAUCCAGUGGUCCCCCAGGUGCAGCUGGAGAAAGAGGUCCAAGGGGCGAAACAGGUCCUCAAGGAGUUGAGGGACAAGUGGGUCCAAGAGGAAAACCAGGACCACCAGGACCAGAAGGGGUGAAAGGAGAGAGAGGGGAGUUAGGGCCCAAGGGAUCAAAGGGCCACAGAGGGCUUAAUGGUCUUCAAGGACUUCCUGGUCUACAGGGUCCUGUGGGAGAGAAAGGAAUAACAGGAGCUCCGGGAUUGCCGGGUAAAGAUGGGGAGCCUGGUCUCCGGGGGACGCCUGGCAGAGAUGGUAACCCAGGACCUCCAGGCAUCAUGGGCCCUGCUGGUCCCCGAGGUCCCGCGGGAGAGGCUGGUAAGGAUGGUUCUCCGGGAAGUCCAGGACCUCCUGGACCACCGGGACCUGCCGGGGAACCUCUUGGAUACGACGCUGCUGCGUUGGCUGCGCUCUUGAACCAAGGAUCGAGCAAGGGCCCAGACCCUCUCAGUGGAGACGAGCCUCCUCGCUUGUUUGGCAAUGAUGUUACAGAAGAGGAGAGGAGAGCGCUAGUACUCAAGGCCUACGAACACCUCAAGCAGAGUUUCGAGCGCUUCAAGAAACCCGAUGGAACAAAGUUCGCCCCAGCCAAGACUUGCAGAGAUCUUGCAGUUGCUUAUCCCAACCUGCCAAACGGAGAGUACUGGGUGGACCCGAAUGAAGGAGACAUAAGGGACGCCAUCUUGGUACAAUGCGACAUUGAGAAAAGACUGACAUGCCUACUGCCACAACCAGCGGCCAGUCCCCACAUAACACAUCUUGGGGAUGAGCAGGAGUACUGGCUCUCGGAGCUUGACGCAGGCUUCAAGAUAAACUACAAGGCAGAUAGUAACCAAAUUGGUUUCCUGCAACUACUAUCUACCAGUGCAAGUCAAAAUCUGACCUAUCAUUGCCUCAACUCGGUGGCUUAUUUUGAUCUGGAGCACAAGACCUAUAGACGAGGCCUGAAACUGUUGGGCUGGAAUGACGCCGAGAUAAUGCCUAGAGGAAAUGCCAAAUUCCGGUACAACGUAGAUGAUGACGAGUGUCGCUCGAGAAAGCAAGAAUGGAGUCGUACAACCAUCAGCUAUUCCACUGACCGAGCUCUUCGACUGCCUAUCACUGACAUUGCCUUGAGGGACAUCGGCAAAGCCAACCAGAGCUUCUGGAUACAACUUGGCAAAGUCUGCUUCAAGUAGUCUAAACUUGGCAAAGUCUGCUUCAAGUAGUCUAGCAAAGUUAAGCUUAGUCAACCAUUGUGACUUAUCUUUGUAAAGACUGAACAACAUAUUUGUACUUCAUCGGUUAUUAGUUUUAUUUAGCAUCUUAAUUCAAAUAUAUCUUUUAAUACCUUCACUUGGAAACUAAGUCUGAACUAAAAGCAACUUAUUAACGCUUCAGGGUUAGUAUGUUUUAAUUAGUAAUGUUAAAUAAUCUCAAUACUCAUAUUAGGCUCAAAUUAAACAUGCUGUUCUUGUAUUAGUAUUCUGUUAAAAUGUAAUUGCUUGAAACAGGUAUAGAAGACAAUUGUUUAAAAAUUGAUCAAAAUAGUUUUCUCACUACAAUGGUGCACAAUUAGUUAAAAUAACAUAAAUUUGUAUGACAUUGUGGUAGUUAGACAAUAUCAAGCUUAACCUUAGACAAGAAUUUACCUCCUGAUAAUAACUGCCAAAAUACUGCCAUUGUGUUGAACGCAGAUCACUGCCAUAAGUGUAUGUAUAUAAUUUUGUA